AUGAGGUGGAUUAACCCAGUGACUGUAAAAAUAAAUGAAAGUGAUGGCAAGAUCGUGGAGAUAUCUCAGGAAAAGGCUGUUUCCACCAAGGAAGAGGAAUCAUAUCCUACGUCCGCUAUCCAGAACCUCCACUCUGUUGACCCCUUUGCUGAUGCAAGUAAGGGUGAUGACCUGCUGCCUACGGGGACAGAAGAUUGUAUCCAUCUAAGAAUUCAACAGCGCAACGGCAGGAAGACCCUUACCACUGCCCAAGGGAUCGCUGAUGAUGACGACAAAACGAAACCAGGGAAGGCGUUUAAGAAGACAUUAGCCUGCAAUGGCACUGUGAUUGAGCAUCCAGAGUAUGGAGAAGUGAUUCAGCUCCAGGGCGACGAGCGCAAGAACAUAGGCCAGUUCCUUGUAGAGACUGGACUGGCUAAGGACGACCAGCUGAAGGUUCAUGGGUUUUAA